AUGGAAGCAAUACGCAGCCACCUUCUCCUCCUAUCUUUCUUGCUUCUUUCUCCCAUAGCUUUCGCCGCCAGCGUUGCCGACACGCUCGGCAAGGGCCGCAACAUCACCGACGGCGAGACGCUCGUCUCAGCCGACGGCACAUUCACCUUGGGAUUUUUCUCUCCCGGGGUGUCAACCAAGAGAUACCUCGGCAUCUGGUUCUCCGUAUCCAGUGAUGCCGUCUGCUGGGUGGCUAACGGUGACCGCCCUGUAAAUGGCAACUCCGGCAUGCUGGUCGUCAGAGACAAUACGGGGAGCCUUCUGCUGCUGGAUGGCUCCGGCCAGGUCGCAUGGUCGUCGAACUCCAGCAGCGCCUCUUCAGCGGAGGCGAAGCUCCUUAACAACGGCAACCUAGUCGUGCGCGACCGAGGCAGCAGCACGAUCCUGUGGCAAUCUUUCGAUCACCCGUCGAACACCUUGCUGUCCGACAUGAAGGUGGGCAGGAACCUGUGGACCGGCGCCGAGUGGUACCUGACGUCGUGGCGUUCGGCGGAUGACCCGUCCCCAGGGCCCUACCGCCGCGUGCUGGACACGAGCGGGCUGCCGGACUUUGUCAUGUGGCAUGGCAACGUCAAGGCGUACCGCACGGGCCCGUGGAACGGCCGGUGGUUCAGCGGUGUCCCGGAGGUCUCGACGUACACGGACUUGGUCACGUUCCAGGUGACGACUAGUCCGGGAGAGAUAUCCUACGGGUACAUUGCUAAACCCGGCGCGCUGCUGACUCGUGUCGUGGUGACGGACACCGGCAUGGCCAAGAGGCUGGUGUGGGACGCGAGCACCCGGUCGUGGCACACCUUCUUUCAGGGGCCGAGGGACGUCUGCGAUGCCUACGGAAAGUGCGGGGCGUUUGGCCUGUGCGACGCCACCGCGGCGUCGACCUCGUUCUGCAGCUGCCUCAAGGGGUUCAACCCUGCGUCGCCGUCGGCUUGGUCCUUGAGGGAUACCUCGGGCGGAUGCCGGCGAAACGUUGCGCUGUCCUGUGGCCAUGGGCAGACGACGGACGGUUUCUUGUUGGUGCACGGAGUGAAGCUCCCCGACACGCACAACGCGUCGGUAGACACGAGCAUGACGGUGGAGGAUUGCAUGGCGAGGUGCCUCGCCAACUGCUCGUGCUUGGCCUACGCCGCCGCGGACAUCAGGGGAGGCGACGUUCGUAGCGGCUGCGUCAUGUGGACGGAUGAUAUCAUCGAUCUUCGAUACGUCGACCAAGGGCAGGAUCUGUACCUGAGGCUGGCCAAAUCUGAGCUCCCGCCGCCCCCGGCGCCCUCACCGCGGCGGCCGUUUCCUACUGUGCCGGUUGUUGGUGCAUCCGCAGCCUCCGUCGUCGCAAUUCUUGUUAUUUUUCCUACUUCGAUUGCCCCUUCUGUUGGACUGUUUAAUAUGAAGGAGGCCACAGGAGAUUUUUCCGAAAGCAAGAUUAUUGGGCGAGGUGGAUUCAGCAUCGUCUACGAGGGGCAUUUGCCUGAUGGUACAAAGGUUGCUGUCAAGAGGCUCAUACAACCUUAUGUUGCGGAUGAAGGCGGUGAGGCUUUCAUGAGAGAAGUGGAAGUGAUGUCAAAGCUCAGAAAUGAUAAUCUUGCUCGGCUCCUUGCUUAUUGCAAGGAUGGAAAUGAGCGAAUACUAGUCUAUGAGUACAUGAAGAACAGGAGUUUGAACCUCUACGUAUUUGCAGGAGAUCCCAGACUCCGAGCUCUGUUGAAUUGGGAGCGAAGGCUGGAAAUAAUUGUAGGGGUUGCCAAAGGCGUUGCUUAUCUUCACGGGCUAAGCAAGGAAGUGAUACAUAGGGAUCUGAAACCAUCUAAUAUACUUUUGGAUGACCAUUGGAGAGCAAAGAUUGCAGAUUUUGGCACCGCGAAGUUGUUCAUCGAUGGCCAGACAAAUCCAACACUAGUACAGACAGCGGGCUACACGGCUCCAGAGUAUGCAGCGCAAGGGUACUUGACAUUGAAGUGCGACGUGUAUAGCUUUGGAGUCGUCCUGCUGGAGAUAGUCAGCGGCCAAAGGAAUUGUACCGUGCCAACGCUCAUUUCCGAUGCUUGGGAAUCUUGGAAUCAACAUAAGAUCGAGAAGGACCUUCUUGAUUCAUCCGUGGCCCAACCGGAGCCCGAUCACCUACUUAAACUGGAGAGAUGUGUGCAGAUAGGCCUUCUCUGCGUGCAGCAAUCGCCCGUGUAUAGGCCAUCAAUGUCUGAGGUAGUCACGAUGCUAACAAAUAACAGUUCACAGAUCCGUUCUCCCAACAGACCGGUGUUCGACAGCAGAGCCGGGUCUCCUCUCCGUGAAGGGAAUCUCUCAACGCAGGACGCGUCUGCCACACACGACUUCGUCUAUCUCACAUAA